ACUUUAACCUAUGAGGAGUUUGGUUUAAUUUUCACGAAACUCAGAACGGUUCCUCAGAGACUAGUAUAAAUACAAGCAGCAGAAGCUACCAUUCCCACAACCAAUAUCACAUUUCUUCUUCAGUUCAUCAUAUUCAUAUUUUAGAAAACAAUACAUCUUCUUUUAAAGCUUUCAAGACGCUCAGAGUGAUGGCAGAGAAGAAACAGCAGACCUAUGCAUCAGCAACUGGCUACUCCAGAACUACUGACCAUGAAUCGGCACCCUUCCAAACCGACGAGGAGCUCAAACGCCAGAAGAGGAUCAAGUUGUUUACCUAUAUUGGUAUUUUCAUUGUGUUUCAGAUCGUAGUGAUGACUGUGUUUGGACUCACCGUGAUGAAGGUCAAGACCCCAAAGGCUAGGUGGGGGGAGAUAAGUGUUGAAACCCUCAACUCUGUUCCUGCAACACCUUCGUUCGACACAAAGUUCACAACCCAGAUAAGGAUCAAGAACACAAACUGGGGUCCUUACAAGUUUGAUGCAGGUACUGCCACAUUUUUGUACCAAGGUGCUAUAAUUGGGCAGGUUGCUAUCCCUAAGAGCAAGGCCGGGAUGCGUUCCACCAAGAAGAUCGAUGUUGAGGUGACUUUGAAUACUAAUGCCUUGUCAAGCAGUUCCACUCUUGGAACUGAAUUGAGCAGCGGGGUGUUGACGCUGACUAGCCAAGUUCAAUUGAAAGGAAAAGUUGAGUUGAUGCUUAUAAUGAAGAAGAAUAAGAAUGCCUCCAUGGACUGCACUAUAGUAUUUGAUUUGUCAGCAAAGACGGUCAAAAGCUUAACAUGCAAGUGAUCAUCGAUCACACAGAAGCCAAGCAGUCCGGGAUAGAGAUUGGAAUUGAAAUGGCGCUUUAUAUAUUACUCUGAUUUUGGAUUGCAAGAUGAUCAAGACUAGUUCUUGAUUCUUUUUACUUGAUUGUUAAUCACUUAUUCAUUUUCUUUUUGGGAUAUGUAAUACUCCUUGGAGUUGUUGUAUAGCUAUAAUGAAGGCUGCUGUUUUGUUUUGCCUUCUUUUAUAUGAUUGAAUACAGAAAUAGAUGUUUGAUUUUCUAUAA